ACGAUGCCAACCGCCACUUUCAUUUUCAUGUCUUUCUUCCAUCUCUCUUUCUCUUGUCUCCCUUCCUGACUCCGUGUGCGCGUCAUUCCCGUGGCUACUCUCCCUUUUUUGGUUCUCGCACCCUUCUCAUAGCCUUUUUACAUCGCCAUCAUGAGCGAUCAACCACGAGAACCACCUCAACCUUCCUCGAGCAAUGACAGCCACAGGUCAGAUAGAAAACAAAUAGAUAAAAAGGAGAGUCCUUCAUUAAAAAGCAGACGACUACGACCCGGAUUUUCCGAUUCGUUUUCUAGUAUUGACUUGACAGCUUUAGAGAUUGAGGAAGGAAACCAAUCUGAUUUUUCUCCUAGAAGUCAAGAAUCUGAAACACCAAGUUCGAGGGCAAGCACUUCUGAUUCUGAGGGAGGUUUAAGAGGCCAUCCUAAUAAUAAUCAGUGGCGCGGUUUCUUUAAAUUGCUAAAGAAAGGAUCACAAAUGCCUUUUCAAACGUUUCAUCCAUUGAAAAAUGUUCCAAAACUUACUAGAAGAAAAAGCAAAAGAAUUAGGGAGGAUCUCAUCCCAUCUCUGAAUUCACCGGCCCUUCAGUCUUCUUUUGACGCCGAGUUUUGCUGCUUCAAAUCUUCCUGGAAGAAUUUCUCUCUCGCUGAGAUUCAAGCUGCCACCGAUGACUUUAGUCAUGAUAAUUUGAUUGGGGAGGGAGGCUAUGCUGAGGUUUACUUAGGCAAAUUGGAAGAUGGAAACUUUGUUGCCAUUAAGCGGUUGACAAGAGGUUGCCAAGAAGAAAUGACUGCAGAUUUCUUGUCUGAGCUUGGCAUUAUAGUGCAUGUGGAUCACCCUAAUAUUGCUAGGUUGAUUGGAUAUGGUGUUGAAGGUGGAAUGUUUCUUGUUCUUCAAUUGUCUCCUCAUGGAAGCUUGUCAUCCAUACUUUAUGGACCUAGAGAGAAACUGAAUUGGAGCCUUAGAUUUAAGAUUAUUUUGGGGACUGCUGAAGGUCUUCGCUAUUUGCAUGAAGGAUGUCAAAGAAGGAUCAUUCACAAAGAUAUCAAAGCUUCUAAUAUUCUUCUCUCCGAGGAUUUUGAGCCCCAGAUAUCUGACUUCGGGCUCGCGAAGUGGUUACCUGAUCAAUGGACUCACCAUACCGUCUCCAAAGUGGAAGGCACAUUUGGCUAUCUUCCUCCUGAAUUCUUCAUGCAUGGUAUAGUAGAUGAAAAAACUGAUGUAUAUGCUUACGGUGUGCUAUUAUUGGAACUCAUUACCGGGCGACAAGCUUUGGACAGUUCACAAAAAAGCCUGGUUAUGUGGGCAAAACCUUUGCUAUCUAGUAACAACAUCAAAGAGCUAGUUGAUCCGAUUUUAGGCGACACUUAUGAUGAAGAACAGAUGAAACUUGUAGUCUUAAAUGCUUCUAUGUGUAUAGACCAGUCCUCAAUACAACGACCGCAAAUGAGUGAGGUCUUACGGAUACUAAGAGGAGAAGAAGGGAGCUUGAGAAUGUUGAAAGAAAGACAGAAGUCUAAACUUCAUAGAACAUACUCUGAAGAGCUAUACGAUGCAGAAGACUAUAACUCAACGAAGUUUUUGAGCGACCGGGAUCGACAUAUGGAGACUAUUUUAGGCACCAGCAAUCCAAAUUAGAUUACGAUCGGUCUGCGAUGAUUCACAUACAGACAACUAUAAAGCUUUACAUUAAAAACUUUAAGGGAAGUGAUUUAUAUGUAGAAAUUUGAGCUAUUCCACUUGUGGAUUUAGUUUUGGCCAGAACAUUGGUUGAAGAGGCUAACAACAGACACAGAAAGAAAGAUAAAAGAGACAGAACCAGAACCCAUGUGCAUGUAUGUAGCAUGUAUUUUAUUUAAUCAAAGUGGUUUAAGGUGUGAUUUGUGAACAUUAAUUAACCCUUCUGCAUAAAUGGGGACUGUACUUUUUCAUCUUAUUCAAAGAGAUGCAGUGAUUAUUAU